AUGCUACCUAAAAUCCCUCAAUAAGGAAACACAGUUGGAUCCAUUUCAAAGAGAGAAAAUGUUGCAUCCUAGUUAAUUGUAGAAGAUCACCUAAAAAAUAUUUUAGCAAAAUCAACUAACUCUAAUUAUAAGCCUUGGAAAAUCCCAUAAGCUCCAAAGAAUCCACAUUCACCUUUUGGAGAUUUCCCAAAAGAAUAUUUGCCUAAAUCAAAGCUAAAAAGUGAAUAACAUGCACCUGUAUUUGAAGAUUCUUAAGCAGCCACAGUUGUGAAUAAAUUUUAAGGUUUGAGACAAGGAACUGGAGGUAAAACAUCUACUCAAUUACCUGUUAAAUAACCAUUUUAAGCCCCCAACCCUAUUUGUGGUGCUUUUAAAAAGAGAACUAUUCCUGUUUCUGAAUUCCGUCGUUAUUACGACAGAGGUGAUUUACCUAUUAAAGUUGAUCAUUAGGGUUCAGUUAAUAAAAUUAUUUGGGUCAUUUAGCCUGACCAAUUAGAUUAUCACCAUUACUUACCCAUAUUCUUUGAUGGACUUAGAGAAAAACUAGAUCCUUAUCGUUUCUUAGCCAUUUUAGGAACAUACGAUCUUCUUGAAAAAGGAUCCAAUAAAAUUCUUCCUGUUAUUCCUCAGCUCAUUAUUCCUGUUAAAACUGCAUUAAAUACUAGAGAUAAUGAAAUUAUUGGAAUUAUGCUAAAGAUUUUAUAGAGACUAGUAGUAAGUGGAGACAUGAUUGGUGAAGCACUUGUUCCUUAUUACAGAUAAAUCUUGCCUAUCUUUAACUUGUAUAAAAAUUGUAACAAAAAUGUUGGUGACCAAAUAGAUUAUGGUCAAAGAAAAAAAUUAACUCUAGGAGACCUCAUACAAGAAACACUUGAAUUAUUUGAGUAAACUGGUGGUGAAGAUGCUUUCAUUAAUAUUAAAUACAUGAUUCCUACUUAUGAAAGUUGUGUCCAUAAUUGA